UGACAGAAGAAGCUACCGAGCUCGCCAACCGUCAUCAUGUCUUUGUCCAAGCCAGUGGAGCAGCUAGCCCACGAGCUGAGCUGCGCCAUCUGCCUCCAGCUCUACUCGGAUCCGGUGGUUCUCCCCUGUGGACACAACUACUGCCGAGCCUGCAUCUGGAGCACCGCAGACACGAAAGACGGAGCACCUCCGCGAUGCCCAGAGUGCCGUGAGGAGUUCCAGGGGGUGGAAUCCCUGCAGAGGAACUUCAAACUCUGCAGCAUCAUCGAGGGCUUCCGAGCCAGCGUGCCGCAGCUGGACAGGGAGCCUGACACCGAGUCUGAGAGGACUGAGGUGUUCUGCGACCACUGCAUAGAUGAGCGGCUGCUGGCCGUGAAGACCUGCCUGAAGUGCGAGGUGUCGCUGUGCUCCAGGCACUUUCAGAGGCACCAAGAGAAGGAAUCAUUCAAGACGCACACUGUGGUGGAGCCCCUGAAUAAGCUGGGGAUGAAGGGCUGCGCCACCCACCGCCGUCCCCUCGAGUACUUUUGUUCCGACGACAUGACCUUGCUGUGCGCUACGUGCUUCAUCGAGGGCCAGCACCACAACCAUGACGUUCUGACCUUCAGCGCAGCCGAAGAGGAGAUGAGACGAGCGCUGGAGAGUCGCGCGAAGGUGGUUUCCUGCAGGCUGCAGAUGGCAGAGAAACUCCUCCAGAAGACAGCAGAGGAGCAAGUUGCCUCUGAAGCUAUAGGAGACAAACUAGCCAAUAAGGCUGUCAGUCUCAUGGACGGCAUGGCUGCACUAGUGGGCAGGUACAGGGAGUGCCUGGAUGUUCUAUUGGAGGAGGAGAGAUGUCAGCGCAGAAAGAACGGGCAACAUGGGAUGUGUGCGCUCGAAGAGCAGCAGCAGCAGUUACUGGAGGCCCAGCAGAGUGCCGCACAGACCCUCAAUGAGACUGACACAUGCAUGUUCAUACACAGGUUCGUGCUGAUUGAUCAGCAGCUGAGAGAAGCUGCCACAGGAGCCAUUCCCUCCAGCGUCCCCUUAAAGAGUUCGCUCAACAAGCGUCUCCAGGCUGAUCUCAAAACACAAGACUUCCGCUCAGAAAUGACCCACCUCCUGGAUUCCCUUCAUACCCUCCUCAACCCCUUGGGCCUCACCUUCAACCUCUGCACCGCCCACCCCAGCCUGAUAGUCUCCAAUGAUCUGCGCACGGUCAAGUACAGCCCCUCCAAGCAGGCGUAUGGCGAGCACCCAGAGCGUUUUACAAGCGCACCCCAGAUUCUGUGCACCCAGGGGUUCUCAGGUGGCGAGCACUUAUGGGUGGUGGAAGUCGGGGCCAACACCAUGUGGUCCCUGGGUGUGUGUUACAAGAGCAUCUCUCGCCGUGGUGAUCACAGUCGACUAGGACACAACUCCGUGUCAUGGCGCCUGCAGUGGAAAAAUAACAAGCUGACGGUGUGUCAGUCCUCCUGUAACGUUGUUCUGGGGGAAGUGGCCCACCAUCCGCUUAAGAUUGAGAUAGCUCUGGACUACGACGGAGGUACAUUAACCUUCAGCAGCAUCAAAGGGCGUAGGGAACACCUCCACACCUUAAGGGCUGUGUUUAGGGAGCCAGUUUACCCAGCAUUCAGUAUACAUUCAAACACAGUGGAGUCAUGGAUCACACUGCAGAGUGGCAUGUGAACACAACAACUGUUCAAUAUACCCCAUGCAUAGAAUUUAGCUUGGUGUUCAAACGAGUAAAUUAACUAAGGUCUUGUCUUUGUACUUUUGGAUUUCAUGCUUUAAUUUCCUUUCAAAGUCUUUAUAGUAAUACAAUGAAAAUUGUGAUGUUGUUUCGCAGUGAAAGCAAAUAAACAUUAAAUAUUACAAAACUAUGUAGCAUGAAUACAUAAUGGAAAUUGAGCAUUUUAAUCACAAGAUUUGUUUACAAAGAUGUAUCUUUUUCUUCAUGAUUAGGGAUGAUUUCUGUGGACUACAGCUAUAGAUCAAUGCAGGUGCUUCAUCAAGUAAUUUUGGAGGAUUUGGGUGUAGAUGUUUUUUUUUGUUUUUUUUUUUACUUAGUUUUUGUAUUUUGCGUGUUUCCGUUUGUCUCAGGUCUGCUGUUUGUUUUGUGUUUGACCGUUAUUUUCUUUAUAUACAGUAAACACUGAUGUGCGUGAACGCUGACAUUUAGUCUGAAUAUGGGACAAGCUUCUGUUUAUGCAACAAAUAAACCCUGAUGAUUAUG